CUCGUUAGCUACGAGGCUUAGAGACUUGAGCGGCUUGGGACACUGGGCCUUGAUAUUCAAAUACUAAAUUCUAUAUUUACUGCCGACCGCCUACUUAUCUUCUCUUGUCAUCAUGUAAUAAAUAUGCAGUUAACAACGGACAUCUCGUCUGUCUUAGGAAUCUCAACACGUACACACUAUUUAUUCAGCGCAUAUCUCCCCGCACGACAUUUCUGAGAAAAACCAGAUUGAUACAAUAUACAGGUCGAACUAACUAUCUACCGAUUAGCAAUCAUUUCGUGCGUAUUGAUUGGAUAUUGAAUUUAGAUUGGUAUUCACAGAUCAGUGCAUAGCCAGAAUGCGUUUGACAUACACAUACCGCACAACACUUGAAGCACUAUACGACAGAAAAUAUGGUAGUGUAUAUGUCGCACUCUCCAAGGAAGGUGGCCGAAGGUGGUCACAAGGGUGGAAGACGCGCCUUAUGUGCCGGAUCAAAGGCGCCAAUUCUGUCACAAUGCCAGUAGGUAUACAACACAAGGGAGAUGGUUCCUUCUAUCUGAUAGUCAACCAAUCCAGUUUCAAGCAGUUGUGCACCUCUCUAGGGUCAGAAGUAUCAGUAUCUCUGUGGGAGAACCCGAAUACAUUAGGGGUUGAUAUUCCUGCCACCACUCAAACUCUGCUGGAUAGUGAGAAUGGCAAAUACCGCGAUCUGUGGGACAAAUUAACCGACGGCCAGAAGCGGAAGCUUUGUUUCAAAACUCGAGGUAUCAAAACAGAUAGUCUACGCGAGGAAAAAACUCUGGGCCUAUUCAGUAUGUUUGAAGAAAGUAUGAUUCAGAAAGAGGCGGCUAGAAAGGCUAGAGAGGAGGCAAAGUUAGUUAAGCAGGCCGAGAAAGAGUUGAAGAUUACAAUGAAUAAGGAGAGAAAAACCAAAGAGAAAAAGGAUAAACUAAAAGCAGGGAAAGUGAAACCAGAGUCAGUGAAAAAUAAAAAAGCAAGCGUCAAAGCUGUGGGUACAGGGGAAGUUUCGUCAGGCAACCCUACAGCAACUGAAGGGGAGGCGAACAUGAAGGGGAAGGCCGAGUGUAUCAAAGUGAAGGUUGAAAAAGCGCAAAGUACGGACAACAAUGUUAUAGAGGUUGCGCAAGGGACUGAUACUGAUACUGAGAGCCCUAGCGGCGAUGUCGACGCAAAUAAUGACGGAACAGCAAAUAUGAGCACAUCGACUGCCAGUAGUAAAUCUGAUCCAAUUGCUGGCCGAAAUGAGCCAAAACCUACGACCAAUACAACUGUGAACGACACUUUGCAGCACUGUCGAAAGACCACCCGUUCUACCAGGAAGCGAAGACAGACUAUUGACGACUGUACAGACAGUGGCGGCAAUGUAGUGGGAACAAUGGCGGAUGAGGAAAGUUUGGUACUCGCGUCUGAAAUCGAUGAUGAAGCGCAGUCUAGUACACGACGAUCGAAGCGAAGACGGACACAAGUGGUCAAGUACAUGUCAUAGGACGGUACAAAUAGAAGGUAUCAACAGUCUCACUGUCAAGUACAUGUCAUAGGACGGUACAAAUAGAAGGUAUCAACAAUCUCACUGUCAAGUACAUGUCAUA